GGGGGCCGGAGGGGCGAAGGCGCGAGAGCGCGAGUGCGCGUGCGCGAGCGGCGGGGCUUUCUCCGGAGCCGUCGGAGGGAGCCGGAGCGCUUCUCCCGAGAUCGCUUAGCUGUGGUCCAGCAUGCAGAAGUGAGCGUGUGGCGAAAGGCAGCAGGUCCGAUGGGUUGCGAGGAUGUAAGAGCGUUUGAAGGCUUCCACCCCCUCUCCUCCAGGAAUCAUGAAUAAACUGGAGGACAAGCAGGACCAGAUGAUACCAUGAAGAGAAGUUUACAGGCCCUCUAUUGCCAACUGUUAAGCUUUCUCCUGACCUUGGCACUGACCAAAGCACUGGUACUUGCUGUCCAGGAACCAUCUCCCAGGGAAUCUCUGCAGACCCUCCCCUCAGGCAGCCCCCCAGGCACCAUGGUGACAGCACCUCACAGCCCCACCAGACUCUCCUCUGUUGUGACACUGAACCCUAAACCUGAUGGACCCUCAUCACAGGCUGCAGCUACCAUGGAAACUACAAUAUCUCAUCCAGAAGGGCACCCUCCUACAGACACCACGUCCACAGUUAUGGUGACAGCUGCCAUCCCCCAUCCUGAAAGCCCUCUGCCCACAGGUUCCCCUCCAGCUGUCAUGGCAACCACAUCCUCCCCCUCAGAGAGCCGCCCCCCAGGGAAUGCUGCCCCCGCCACCACCCUGCCAACAAAGCCAACAGGAACCACCAGCCGCCCCACAACGUCCCCACGGGCCACCACUCGUAGGCCUCCCAGACCUCCAGGCUCUUCCAGGAAGGGGACUGGUGGUUUGUCUCGCACUCUUCCACCUGUACUCGGUGGCCAUUUGGCAAGGAAGGAAAGCCAGAGGGGACGAAAUCAGAGUUCAGCACAUCUGGGGCCAAAGCGUCCUCUGGGGAAGAUCUUCCAAAUCUACAAGGGUAACUUUACAGGGUCCGUGGAGCCAGACCCCUCUGCUCUCACGCCCAGGACCCCACUCGGGGGCUACUUCUCUUCGACACAGCCCCAGACAGUGUCUCCAGCUACAGCACCCAGAAGCACCUUGUGGGUGCCUCCUACAACUUCCCUGGUACCUACAAAGGACAAACCAGGCCUUAUCAGAGCCAACCAGGGGAGUGGCCCCACAUUUACCAGCCCAGGAGGGGAGCCAGAUGCCACAGCAGCCUCAGGUGCCCCUGCCAGUACACAGCCUGCCCCAGUGCCUUCUCAGAGCCCUCAUGGCGACAUACAGGACAGCGCCAGCCACAGUGACUCUUGGCUUGCUGUCACCCCUGACACUGACAGACCCACGUCUGCCAGCCACGGGGUCUUCACGGCUGCCACAGGGCCCACCCAGGCUGCCUUUGAUGCCAGUGUCUCAGCCCCUUCCCCAGGCAUCCCUCAGGGACCAUCUGCAACCCCUCAGGCCCCAACCUGGCCCUCUGGGGUCUCAGAAAGCACUGUUUCUCCAGCUGAGGAAAAGGCUGAGGCCUCCACCACGACCACCAACAGGGGGCCCAGACCGCUCUCCACAGUGCUGUCCACAGCCACAGGCAACUUCCUCAACCGCCUGGUCCCUGCUGGGACCUGGAAGCCAGGAACAGUAGCCAAUAUCUCCCAUGUGGCUGAAGGGGACAAGCCUCAGCACAGAGCCACCAUCUGUUUGAGCAAGAUGGAUAUUGCCUGGGUCAUCUUGGCCAUCAGUGUGCCCAUCUCUUCCUGCUCCGUCCUGUUGACCGUGUGCUGCAUGAAGAGGAAGAAGAAGACGGCCAACCCCGAGAACAACCUGAGCUACUGGAACAACGCCAUCACCAUGGACUACUUCAACAGACAUGCGGUGGAGCUCCCAAGGGAGAUCCAGUCCCUAGAGACCUCAGAGGACCAGCUCUCAGAGCCCCGCUCUCCAGCCAAUGGCGACUAUCGAGACACUGGGAUGGUCCUCGUCAACCCCUUCUGCCAGGAAACACUGUUCGUGGGAAAUGACCAAGUUUCCGAGAUCUAGACGCAGCAGCCUCCGCUUUGCCACUCCCUAUUUUUGUCUCUAAAUUAUAAAUAUACAAAUAUAUAUAUUAUAAAUAUAACCUUUGUGUAACCCUGACUUAAUAAGAGACAUUUUCAGCUUUUUUUCUUAAGAAUUGUCAACAUCUUUUUUACAAGUGUGGUUUAAAAAAAAUUUACAGAAUGACCCAUGGCUUUAUAAAAUAAAGGUAUUUCUAAGCAAAGCAGUUGCACUGAUUGCUUCUCUUAACUGUUCUGGGCAUGCAGAGGUUCCAAGAGCCCUGGGCAAGUGAGGAAAGAGACCAGUCUCCCGUGGAAGCUGGAUGUCAGUAUAGCCAAAUGAGUAUGGCCAUACUGUGUCAUUUGUGUGGUCUUGAUGCUCUGGUUCCCUUGACUCAGUGUGCCCACAUCACCUGUCUUUUUGUAUGUAUCCUAGUGGCGGGAACUGGGGCACCAUGGCAGAAGACAUAGGCAAGUGUAUAAAACAGAAGGAAACUUGUCAGCCUGGAGCCUCACUGUACCAUCACUGAAUAUUGAGUGUGACAGGAUUGGUGAAGGCCAUCAAGGCAUCAAGAGCCUCCAGCCCCCUUUUUUGACCCCACAGGAUGCUCCCACCAUGUGAGAAGAAACAGGACUGCCUUUGUCUGGCAGGAAAGUGGUCCCUAGAAACCCUUCUUGGCUUCCCUUCCAACACCCCACCUGCCUUGGACCUCAUGCCUCUCCUCCUGGAGGACAGAUACAGAUCUCAACCUAGGGGCUAAAGCAGCACUUGCCCUGCCCUGUUCAAGGAUCAAGUGUUUGUUGGGAUUCAGUAUUGCUUUCUCCAAAGGCAAUGACAGUGUGCCCCCUGAGAAACAGGUUUAUCUAGAAAGCCUUGUGGUAUAGAACUAUUUUUUUUAACCUUCCCCCAUUAAAUCUUUAAAGAAAAAGAUUGCCAAAUGAAUCACUUGAAAGAAGUGCCAUUCUGUCUACAGGCAGAAGCACAGCAGACCUGCCCACAAACCUGCCAUCCGAUUUCACCGUCCCUGCCCCCUUGUUCCCCUGGGUCCAGGUCCAGCUGCCUUCCCAGCCCACACUAUACCCAGUGUGACCAACAAGGAGCAGACUCUCAGAGACCCAAGAGGGGCUUCUGGAGCCAAUCGCUUUUUCUCUGUUACUUUCCUAACCCACCAUGGCUAGGGAUUUAACUUCAACCCCUCCCCCCUUCUCU